AAACUGUAGUAAAUGGAGUUGAAAUUAAAGAAUAAAGAGGCGGCGAAACUGGAAGUUUAGCGCCAAGUUAAAUCCACUCCUCUCUGACGUUGAUGCAUCAAGUCAUCUGUUCCGUACAAGGCGCCAGUUCAGUGCAACUAGCCCGGCCUGGCGCACACACGCAGAGAGAGCACCUCCGAGUCUGAACAACAAGCGAAGUUAAACAGUAUUAAUAUUUAUAUUUUAGAGGAGGGCAAGAGUGAACUUCAAGGGGAGAAUCUUGAGGUUUACUCUGAAACUGACACAUACCCUUCUGAGGAUAAUGCGAGGAAAACGGGAAGAGACAGAACCGCAGUCUGUUGCUCCCGAGGCACCCAAGGAAAAUACAGUACGGUCGAGAAAGAGGAAGGCAGAUGUUGCCAUUUAUUUGCAAGAUCUGGAUGAGGAGGUAGCAGAGAUGACUAAGAAGAAGCAGCGUGACUGUGAGCUGGGCUGGAGUGCUGAUGCUGGUUACACAAGUCCACACAGGUGGAUCCCCACACCUGAUCAGGAAGAAGACCAACCUGUUGCCCAUAUAAACGCAUGCUUCCCCCACUACAACUUUAACAACAUAUUUGUGACCCCCGUGCAUUGUACCCCGCUCCCUGCGCUGUGCUGGGCCAGUAAGGAUGUGGUAUGGAACAACAUGUUGGAGAAGGAUAAGACCUACACCAGGGACGUCCACAUGAUGGAGAAGCAUCCUCAUCUGCAGCCCAAGAUGAGGGCAAUUCUGCUGGACUGGCUCAUGGAGGUGAGUGAGGUAUACAAGCUGCACAGGGAAACAUACCACCUCGCCCAGGACUACUUUGAUCGCUUCAUGGCCACACAGAGAAACCUCUUCAAAUCAACGCUGCAGCUAAUAGGCAUCACCUGUCUCUUCAUUGCUGCCAAAGUAGAGGAGAUGUACCCUCCCAAGGUCCACCAGUUUGCUUACGUUACAGACGAAGCCUGCACUGAAGAUGAGAUUCUCAGCAUGGAAAUCAUCAUUAUGAAGGAGCUGAAGUGGAGUCUCAGCCCACAGACUCCCAUCUCCUGGCUCAAUGUUUACAUGCAGGUGGCCUACCUGAAAGAGACAGACGAGCUUCUCAUCCCCAGAUACCCCCAAGCUACAUUCACACAGAUCGCAGAGUUGUUGGACCUGUGUAUGCUAGAUGUGCGUUGCCUUGAGUUUUCCAAUGGCAUCCUUGCUGCUUCAGCCCUGUUUCACUUCUCCUCUCUGGAGCUGGUGGAAAACGUCACAGCUCUGAAGAGGGUGGAGGUAGAGGAGUGCGUGAGGUGGAUGGUGCCUUUCGCCAUGGUGCUGCGGGAGGUUGGUGGGUCGCCUAUGAAAACAUUCACAGGUAUCCCUGCUGAUGACAUGCACAACAUCCAGACCCAUGUCUCCUACAUUACAUGGCUGGACAAGGCCUACUCUUACCACGAUGUGGAUUUGGAGCGUCACAGCAGCUGUCCUGUCCCUUCAGGGGUCCUGACUCCACCCCUGAGCAUUGAGAAAACUGAAGAGUUGGUCCAAGUGGAUCCUGCAGUGCUGAAAAUGAGACAGGAUGCAUACUCAUCACAACAGUACCUUUCAAAGUAACGAAGCAAACACUGAAACUGCCAAGGCAACAGCAAAUCCUAAUUUGACUUUUACAUUAUAGCUGAAAGUGGAAGAAAAACAGCUGAUUUGUUGACUCUGAACAGCAGUACCAGUACACGCGUACAGUGGAGUUUCAGUGGGCAAACGUAUUUUCUCUUUUCAAAGUCAUGCUGAUUACUUGAUCCUGAUGCUUUUAAACGUCUUCCCACAGGAGUCUUACCUACUUAUCCCUGCGGGUUGGAUGAACACACAAAGCAAAGGGCUGUUAGGGCUGGGGCAGCUCCAGAGGAGAUUUUUGUUUUUGAAUAGCAUUUUACCCAAAUGCUUGCAUUAAUUACCAACCACACCGACUUUUAGUGGUUGCCAUUUUUUUUUCUAUGCAGAGGCCAAAUUGAAUGGACAUUUUAUGGAGUCUCUACUUGAUGUAGGGUAGGGGUGGGGAUGUGUGUGUGUGUGUGUGUGUGUGUGCGUGCUGUUUUUAAUAUAUCAGUGGCCUCAUUUGCCCGAAAACUAUUCCUAGGGUCAUGUUUGGCUCUAUGUGCUGCUAUAAAAGUGGGCUUUGCAUGAUGGAGGGGAAAGUGUGUGUGUGUGUGUGUGUGUGUGUGCGUAUGUAUGAAAUGGUAUGUCCUUGUUUUUGGUUCUACUUUUGUCAUUUUAUUGGACAACAUGUUUUGCUUAAGGACCAGUAGCUUGGCUACCUAAAAUGGACAGGUGAACCAGCCAGGCUUCAGAAGCUAAAAUAUUGAUUGUAUUUAAUUUUUAUUUUUUAUCCCAACCCGCGGUUUGUUUCACCACCACCAAAAUGUAAGAUUUCUAUUUGACUUUUUAAAAUAAAAUGCUGCUACAUAUUUUCCAUUAAA